GUCCGAAUUUCACCUUUUACACACGCAGUCUCUCUUUCUCUCUCUAACACUCCUUCCCCCUCUCUCUCCCAAACUUCGUCUGUUUGGUCAGCUUUUCUUCUUUCUCUAGUGAUUCUCGGACUCCUCGAGGUAAAGGGAGAGGAAAUUGUUCAUGGGUUGCUUUCCUUGUGGUUCAAAUUCAUCCGGAAAUGCCAAGAACAAGCAGACCAAGAAGCCUGAUGAUGAGAUCGCGUCAACUUCAGUAGAAAAGCUGACCUCCGCACCAGAUGUUAAGAAGGAGGCUUCUAAGGAUGGGGGAUCUGAUCGUAUUGCUGCACAUACAUUUACAUUUCGUGAAUUAGCUGCAGCAGCAAAGAAUUUCAGGGCAGAUUGCCUUUUGGGUGAAGGAGGUUUUGGACGAGUAUAUAAAGGGCGACUGGAGAGCACUGGUCAGGUUGUGGCAAUCAAGCAACUUGAUCGUAAUGGGCUACAAGGGAACAGGGAAUUCCUUGUUGAAGUAUUAAUGUUGAGCCUGCUUCACCACUCUAAUCUUGUCAACCUAAUUGGUUAUUGUGCUGAUGGAGAUCAGAGACUUUUGGUAUAUGAAUAUAUGCCUUUGGGAUCCUUGGAAGACCAUCUACAUGACUUGCCACCUGAUAAAAGGCAACUCGAUUGGCAUACAAGAAUGAAAAUAGCUGCAGGUGCUGCAAAGGGCUUGGAAUAUUUGCAUGACAAAGCUAACCCACCUGUCAUAUAUCGUGAUUUGAAGUGUUCCAACAUUUUACUUGGUGAAGGCUUUCAUCCGAAGCUAUCUGAUUUUGGCCUGGCCAAAUUGGGUCCUGUUGGAGACAAGACACAUGUAUCCACUAGAGUGAUGGGAACCUAUGGAUACUGUGCACCGGAAUAUGCAAUGACUGGUCAGCUUACAUUGAAAUCAGAUGUUUAUAGCUUUGGGGUUGUUCUUUUGGAGAUGAUCACCGGUAGAAAAGCUAUUGACAAUUCUAGAGCUGGUGGGGAGCAAAAUUUGGUUGCAUGGGCACGACCCUUGUUUAAAGAUAGAAGGAAAUUUGCACAAAUGGCUGAUCCGCUGCUUCAAGGCCAAUACCCAAUAAGGGGCUUAUACCAAGCUCUUGCCGUGGCUGCCAUGUGUGUUCAGGAGCAGCCUAAUAUGCGGCCACUCAUAGCUGACGUGGUGACUGCCCUCACUUAUCUUGCUACUCAAAAGUAUGAGCCUGAAGCUCAGUCAAACCAAGGCUAUCGUACCAGUUCCAGGUGUUCCACUCCAAGAAGAUGAAAAGAACAGUGAUGUUGAGAGAGCCCCAGCAGAGAGAGUUAUCAAAAAGAGUUCAAGUCCCUUAUCAGUCCACGAUGGAUCAGCCUGCUAGCUGUGGAACACCUUGAAAUCUUCAAGAGGAUUGUAUGUCCCUGAAGUUCAGUGCUACGGCUUGUCAAAUUUUGCUACAGGUUGUAUGGGUUUGUUUUUUUAAGCCUCUUGCCCCUCCAUCUUUUCUUCAUUUUGUCCUUUUUUUCUUUUUUUUCUUUUUUGUACAAUUGAGAUUGACGUUUUGUAUCUGAAAUGCCUUUGAUAUAGAAACUGUUUCUCUACACAGUUACAGAACAACUGCACUCUCCU